CAUGAUAAGCAUGAAACUCGCUUGCCACGGAUAUAUAAUUACUCCAUCUCCUUUAACUUGAUUACAGCCGCAACAAAGGAGCAUUUUAUAACGCCAUGUUUUGCGUCCACUUAAUAUAUAUGUCUCUGGUUAAACACACGGCGGUUUUUUUCCCCAAAAUAAGCAUAACGAGAGAAAUAAGGCAAUCUCACUCAAUUUCCUGCACAUUUCUAUGUUGAAUCAUUAGUCGCCAUUGAUUACAUGUCAAGCUCAACAUAUAUUUGAUGUUAUGUUACUCAAACACUACACACCACAGUUACAUGCCAACAAAAUAAUAAAGAAGAUAUAUAGCCACAUAUCUGUGGUGCAAAUUGUAAGGUUGUGUGCAUAUUGCUAUUGCUCGAUGGAUCGCUUUCGUGUUCCUUGUGAUGUGUUGCUUUAUCUUUUCUCCUUUCCAGUGUGUGCCAGAAAGAGGACACCUUUCUCUUCUUGGCUUUUGGAUCUUGUUUCUUGCCUUGCAAGAGCUAGCUUCCCCUAAUAAUCUCUCUCUCUCUCUCCAUUGCUAGCUAUAUAGCUACAUUCCUGGGUCGAUCCCUAUAUAAGAGGAGAGGCAUGAACUCAAAUGAAAUUUCCAAUAAGCUCCACAUGUCGUGAGAGCAGAGCACCGGCCGGUUGAUCGAGAUAACACAGUUGGAGAGUUUUUUCUCCUUUUCUUUUUUUCUGUUUAAUUCAUCCGGCGAGUCAGAUGAGGUCUUCGUCGUCACCUUCGUUGGCUAAAUCCAUAUUUAGCCUCGGAACUCAGGGAGCCAUGAUCGAGAGAAGCAACUCCACCCCUUCCGCCACUCCGGCGAGGCCACCGCUCGCCGUCGACGAGGAGUACAACCAGGCCUUCCGCUCCAAGUCCUUCCUCGACCUAUGGUCUCACGCCCACCACCACCUCACCCACACCUUCUCCUCCUUCAAGCUCUCCACCUCCACCCCCUGCGCCGGCCGCGGCGGUGCCAGGGAGGACGACUUCUUGCACGCCGGCGGUGAUGGCGGCGCGGCGGAUGACUCGGAGCAGUCGUGCUCUUAUACUGUUCUUGACGACUUCGUCCUCGAGCCGAGCCCGGAGUCGCUUGCUCGGGGUGCUCGUCUCCAGCAACGGCGGCGGCGGCGGCCGCGGCGUCACCGCGUGGAGACGCUGCUGAUUGAGUAUUUUGAUGUGACGGAGGAGGCGUGCGAGGCUUGCUCCGCGCUGCUCGCCGCCAUCGGCGCCGCGCGGCGGCAUCACCUCACGCUCCGGCGGCUGCUGCUCCGGCUCGACGGGGGAGACGACGACGACGCCAAGGAUGCCCUCGCGCGCCAUGUCCGCCUCGACAACCCGCUCUCCCCGGGCAGCCUCUCGGAGUUCCACGACGUGCACGCCCGGUGCUCCCCGCUGGCGUCGCGCCUCGCCGCGGCGCAGCGCCGGCUCCGCAGGCUGGCGCGCGCGCUGCGCAUCGCGCGGGGCACGGCCGCGGCGGCGCUCGUCGGCGCGUGCGCGGCGGCCAUCGUCGCCGCGGUGGUCCUCGCCGCGCACGCCCUCGUGGGGAUCGGCGUCGCCGCCGCGGCGUUCGGCGCCACACCCGCGGGCGCCGCGCGGUGGUGGGGCAGGAGGGCGGCGGAGAAGGUGAGCUCGCGGCACUACGCGCGCGCCGGCGCGACGCUGGACGCGGCGGCGCGCGGGGCGUACAUCGUGGGGCGGGACCUCGACACGGUGAGCCGCAUGGUGCGGCGCGCGCACGACGAGCUGGAGCACGGGCGCGACGUGGCGCGCAUCGCCAUGCGCGGGCACGGCGAGCGGCCGCUGCUGCAGGAGGUGGCGAGGGAGGAAGAGGAGUGCGAGGAGGAUCUGAGGGCGCAGCUGGCGGAGCUGGAGGAGCACGUCUGCCUCUGCCUCAUCACCAUCAACCGGACGCGCCGGCUGGUGGCUCACGAGAUGGCGCGUGGGCUGCCGCCGCCGUCGCCGGCGACGGUGACGACGACGUCCGAAGAAAGAUUAACUAGUAGCUGAUGAGAUCAUUGAUCAGCAACAGUUGCUUACUCUGGUUGCUGGUUAACUUGUUCAUUCAUGAUUCAUUUGUUUAUUUUUAUUUCUUUGUUGAUUAAUUAUGAUCUUACAGUAGAUAGAAAAAUAAAUGAAUGUACAUACAGAAAUUAAGUAGUAGUGUAGUACACGGCCAUUUUUUGUUUUUCGUGGAUAGCUAGGAAAAUGUAAGAAUCGUUUUGCUUGUUGGAUUGAGGAGACGAGAUUACUUGUUGGAGCAAAAAA